CCGUGCGCGUCGGUUGUUCUGCGGGAGAAGUACCGUAGUCGCGUCGUGUUACGAGAAAAACAUCAUUUUGUAGCCAAAGUAAAACCAGUGCCGUGGAUUACAUACGUAUUGUGCCCAUGUGAGAUUGUGCCAUUUUAAGUGAUGUUCCGUGAAUGAGAUGUUAUUGUGUUGGAUUACUUUUUGAAAAGAGUGGGACGGGUACCGCCUGCUGUCGCCGGACGUCUUUUCUCUCCGAUCUCGGGAUAUCAUUAAGGUACGAUGCCGUGGGAAUUUUGACAGGAGGCAAAGACAAUAUAAUAAUGCCAGUCUACAAUUUAUGUUAAAUCAAGAUGAUGCCAUAAUUUGACCACUCCACAAAUGAAGAUAUCAAACAGUAGACCCAAACAUCAGCCUGUAAUGAUGGGGCAGCAAGUUCUAGAACCAUUGGAGAAGAAAGUCCUGAUCAAAAGGAAGAGUCUUUUAGAUCUCAAAUCCCUUUUAGAGGAUAGAGGGGGCACUAUAGAAGAUAGGAAAUCUAAUACUAGCAAUAAUAGAUUGUAUCGCUUAGACAAUAAAGUUAGUUUUGGUGAAACAACUGUCAGUGAUUAUGGUGAUAGGGAAAGGUGUAAGAGGAGGUAUGGGGGUAGCAGAUGGUGCUGUAGUAGGAUUAAGACACUUAUGUACUUGUUAUUAGUGGUGAUUUUUGUUGAUACGAGAAUGCAAGCAGAGGCGAGAAGUUCAGAACCAAGAUACGAAACAGCGUACGCGUGCGAGGGUAAAACGUUAAAGAUCGGCUGCGCGGAAGGCUCCGUAAUACACCUCAUCAGAGCCAACUACGGCAGGUUCUCCAUCACCAUCUGCAACGACCAUGGCAACACCGACUGGAGCGUUAACUGCAUGUCCACAAGAAGCUUACGAGUGUUACAUAGCAGAUGCAGCAUGCACCAGAACUGCAGUAUAUUAGCAAGUACGAACAUGUUCGGUGACCCGUGCCCUAACACACUCAAAUACCUCGAAGCGCAUUACCAAUGUGUUCCCGCAUCCACAACGAGUACAACAAACCGGCCAUCCCCACCCUGGUUGAUUACAUCGCAGCCGACAGUCUGGAGGUCUACAUUACCACCCAUACCCAAGAGCCCUGUACAGACGCAGCAGACGGAGAGGAAAAAGCCCACCGUCAUCACGCCGCCAACAUUCAGACCUCAUAUCACACUACCGCCGGAGGUCAAACUUGGAGACAUCGGAACAAAGAAAACAACGACACGCCAACCGGAUACAUCGUCGGAGAGAGAACCGCCGCAGAUUCCGCAUGAGAACAUUCCAGAAGUUAAAGAAGAACCCAAAGUUAUUGAACCUGAUGUGCCCAAGAAUGAGAAACCUAAAGAACGAGAUGAUGGCAUACCGCCAGUAACAGAAGAGACAAUGCAAUGGCCAUCGAAAGACGAAGACUCAGAUUCGACUUCACCAGUUCAUAUGCCGCCUAAAGAAAACAGAACACCUGAUAUUGAUGGAGAUAUAUUCGACAACAAGAUCUAUUCUACAAGUUCAACACCUAAUGCUGGCAGACGUGCAGCAUACUGCCCGCAAGUGACAGCCCGCGGGCUGCAUUGGAACUGGACUCUAGCAGGCCAGUACGCGGUCCAGCCCUGUCCUGGAGGUGCCACUGGACUUGCGAGAUGGACAUGCACACUAACAUCUCAGCACGUUGUGGAGGAGAGACCGCGCCGCCGCGGCGCUGGUCUUCCCUCCGGAGAGAACUACCGCGACCUCGGUCUGGACCAGCCCAGUGACCGCCAGCUGCAGAUCAUACGCAGACUGGGCUCGGAAGCUUUACUCAAAGGUCGUGACGGAGACACAGCUGAGCACAUGAUAGACUACCGCAACGCAGGCGCAGCUGACGUAACACACAAUGUACAAGUCGACGGGGACUUUGUAUACGGUGAGGGCAUGCCGGCGUGGCAUGGUGCCACUCCCGACCUCAGUGAGUGCCGCUCCGUGUGGCUCAACAGCCUGGAGGCGCGAGUACGAGAGGGAGAGUCCUUGCUCAGCAUCAGCAAUGAUUUGGCACAGGUGACGUCAUCAAAGACACUGUACGGAGGCGACAUGAUGACAACCACCAGCAUAAUGAAGAAACUGGCUCAGAGAAUGUCUCAGAACAUGCAGACGUUCCCCGACCCUCGACAGAGAGAGACAUUUGUUGCUGAUAUGCUGCUCGGAGUUAUCAAAACUGGAUCGAAUCUUCUAGAAGAAAGCCAACGUGCAUCCUGGUCGGAUCUGAGCACAGAUGCUCAGAACAGAGUGGCGAGCGCGUUGCUCACACAACUAGAGGAAAACGCAUUCCUUCUAGCAGAUGCUGUAACCAAAGAGAAGACUAUACUGCAGAUCGUUAAGAAUAUUUGUCUCUCAGUCAGGGUAUUGGAAGUAAAAAGUGUUGAAGACGAAACAUUUCCCUCGAUCAUUGCUCAGGAGCAGUGGAAAGCUUCCGAGGAUACCAUCACCAUACCCAAGGCUGCUUUACUAGAUAACCGACAGAACGACCUGGUCCGCAUCGUGUUCUUCGCCUUCGACCGUCUGGAGGAGAUCCUGCCUCCGACAUUUGGCAAGAGUCCGCAGUUUGCUGCACAUUCCGCAGACAGCGCCGCCUCCUCCACCAGCAUCAACUCUGAACGGGAGAAGAACAACAUCUCUAGAGUUUUGAACUCCAAGGUGAUAUCAGCAAGUUUAGGUAAUGGCCGCCACAUACAGCUGUCCCAGAUGGUACACCUCACUAUGAAGCAUUUGAAGAUAGAGAACGUCACUAACCCAGUCUGCGUCUUCUGGGAUUACACUCUACAUGGCUGGUCUCCAGAAGGUUGUCAAGUGGAGUGGUCCAACUUGACGCACACAGGCUGCGCUUGCUCACAUCUCACCAACUUUGCGAUACUAAUGGACGUGCACGGCGUCGCUCUCAGCCGCCACCACGAGAUGGCGCUGAGACUGAUCACGCUCGUAGGUUGCGGAAUAUCCGCUGUGGCGCUAGUGGCCGCUAUCAUAGUCUUCCAGUGCUGCCGGAAUAUGAAGUCGGACCGUGUGUUGAUACACAAGCAUCUCUGCUGGUGCCUGCUGAUAGCGGAGGUGAUCUUCAUGGUGGGCAUCGACCAGACGCAGGACAGGAUCCUCUGCGGCAUCAUCGCUGGCUUAUUGCACUAUUUCUUCUUAGCUGCAUUCGCUUGGAUGUUCUUAGAAGGAUUCCACCUGUACGCGAUGCUAGUGGAGGUGUUCGAGCCGGAGCGUCCCCGAGCGCGGUGGUACUGCGCCGGCGCAUACCUGGCGCCCGCGCUGGUCGUGCUGGCCUCAGCGGCCGCGCGCCCCGCCGGGUACGGCACUCCGCACUCCUGCUGGCUCUCCACAGACCACCUUUUCAUCAUGAGCUUCGUUGGACCCGUCGCCUUGGUCGUUACGGCUAAUUGGAUCUGUCUGGGUCUGGUUAUUUACAUGAUGUGCCAUCAUACAAGUGUAUCAAUCAAAGCCAAAGAGAAUUCGAAGCUCUAUAAAAUUAAAGUGUGGUUGAACACAUCAAUAGUGCUGGCGGUGCUGCUGGGCCUGACCUGGACAUUCGGGGUGCUGUACCUCAACGAGCAGACUGUGGCGAUGGCCUACGCCUUCACCAUCCUCAACUCAUUCCAAGGACUCUUUAUAUUCGUGUUUCACUGCUUGUUGAAUGAAAUCUUCCAGAAGGAAUGUGCCCGACUCGGGCGGCGGCACCCCUGGCUGUCGUGUUGUGUGCAGUUCGCGGCACCUUCACAGCCGCAGCACUUGCCCGCCACCGGCUCCUCCUCCAACCACGUGGACACGCGACCUGGCUCCGUGAAGAGUCGCCGCUACCACCAGAGUACACCUGCUGAUGAGGACGUCGUCGACCCACGAGAUGUUACAAGCUACAACAUACAACCGGAGUCAUCAAGAUGGAAUAUCAGGCCGACAGCGCCUAUAUACGUACCAAAUGACGACGCAAGAUCUGUCCGGGUGGCAACACCACAAAUACCGCACAGCUCCUCGCACACGCAGAGCAUAGCCUCAAUGCAUAGCUACAGGAAUAAUAUAGAAGUGCCCAACGAUUACCAGAAUGUAAGAUCGCGGUCGCCAUCUUGUUUCUCUAACAAAAUGGCGGCCUCGAUUGGCGCCAACGAGUGGGCGCUAAUGGCCAACACGAUCGGGGGCAAUGUGUGGAAGAACACUUCUUCUAAACACCACGCGGGGAACACAUCGACUCUCCCGCACCACGACACACUAACACGCCAACUGCAGCAAAACCAUAUCCAUAGCCCGUACGAGUGCGAGGCCCCUCUCGCCCCGAUCGCCCCGGCCUCUCCCCGGCACAUCAAAGACGAGGAGAGCCCCCUCCACCACCCACAAGGGUACAACACCACGAGAAGCUACAACCAGGAUUUCAGGAACCCACACGUCUACAUGUCCCAGCACUCUCCCGGCAGCCAGGAGAUGAUCUUCCGCAAGCACUACAAGGACGACCGACGUAAACAUCAUCACGGCAGUCAAAGUGUUAACCACACAUACUCAGAAAUAGCCUCCCAACAAGGUCGCAUGUACCGGCGCGGCUCCGAGCAGGAGUUCAGAGUGAUACAGGACGACCCCGUCUACGAAGAGAUUGAAAGAAACGAGACUCUGAUGUCUGACAUGUCGGACGAUAAUUCCGGACCCGACAACUGCCGGCAGAACCCGGGGCACCACGGUUCGUCAUCUUCCAAGUUCUUCGGAGACCAUCGGCCUCUGAUAUCGUACAGUCCUGGAGAUAGACAUCAUCAUGAGCAGGAGCAUUACGGGAAGUACGGGAAGUGGGAUACUUUGGAUAGGGCGUACGAUAGACAUGCGUACGAGAGCGGGAGACUGGCCCACACGUACCAUCAGCCUCAGGAGAACAAUAUGAGGGCGCUGGCGGCGGUGCUCAACGGAGAGAACAACGUCGUAUGUCAUCUGGAGCCUCACAACUCCUACGACGUGUACCAGCCGCAGUCCGGAAACCCGCGGACCGUCUCACAACCUAGUUUUUGAAUCUCACGCGAAAUGACCUCAUAAUUUGAUAUUUCGCGCUUUUAAAGACUUUGUACAGAUAUCUCGAGUUUUUCUAUGGACGUAGAAUCGUCUUAGUGGACAGGUUUUUAAGUGAUAGCAUUUUAUGUAGAAACUUGCCAUAAUGUGGACUUUGAAAUAUUUAUAUUUAUAGACGGUUAGAUGUAAAACUUAACAUAAAAUCACUUUCUCCACUGUGAUCCUAUUUAAAAUAACGGCUCAAGUUUCAGUGUUUGCGACGUUAUUCUGCGAAUGUUGUAAUAGCAAUUUUGUAUAUAAUUAGAGUUUAGUGUUCUAGUGAAUGUACUUCCGGUGUGACCUUACUAUUUCUACUGAAAAACUUUUCGGUUUCGUUCGGACGGAGAAUUAAACAAUAAGAUACCUUUAUAGAACAACUUAGCGCAUUUUACUUGUACAAGUGUGAAGUGUUACAACAAAUUAUAACACUCGUUA